CUGAGGAGUUGGCAACACUGUCUGGUUGUCGCUUGCUGCACGUUCACAGCAGUGGCGGGUACAGCUCCGUGUAAUAGGUCCGUGUGUGUAUUUCCGGGUGGCACGAGGCUGCUCCGGUAACAUCCCAGCUAGCAUCACUCGGUUGAGCCUACCUCCUCUGCUCCGUCGCAGCGACAGCCGGAGGCCGUGACACUAUCGCCCGGGACAGCUCCACGGUGGAUGUCUUGUAGCUGAAAGCCCAAAGCGGGGAGAGUCAUGGCGGCGUCGCUUCUCUCCGAGACCGACAUCAGGCACCGGUCCAUGGCGGAGGAGGAUCCGAACGGUAACGAGCAUGGGGCGGCUGCACGCAGCGCGGCGCCUCGCUGGGGACCGCAGCACGCCGGGGCCCGACAGCUAGCACGGCUGUACUCGCCAGGUAAACGGCUCCAGGAGUGGGUGUGUGUGAUUCUGUGCCUCUUUCUUUUCAUCAUCAACUUCUCCUUCCUCCUCCUGCACUUCUCCACUGUUCACAUCUACAAGAUCGUCCUCGGCAUCGUGCUCGGAAUAGUGACGGCAGAUUUUGCAUCGGGGAUUGUGCACUGGGGAGCAGAUACCUGGGGAUCGGUGGACAUCCCUGUUAUUGGGAAGGCAUUUCUUCGACCAUUCAGGGAGCACCACAUCGAUCCGACUGCCAUCACUCGCCACGACUUUAUCGAAACCAAUGGCGAUAACUGCAUGAUCCCCAUCCUACCGCUGGCUCACAUGGCCUACAAGUUCCUCACUUACACACCAGAGGCCUUGCUGGAAUCCUACCCCUGGGAUUGCUACGUCUUCGCCCUGGCGGUUUUCGUCACGCUAACCAAUCAGAUUCACAAGUGGAGCCACUCCUACUUUGGCCUCCCGCGAUGGGUCACGCUGCUCCAGGACUGGCAUCUGGUGUUGCCACGGAAACACCACCGCAUCCACCACGUGUCGCCGCACGAGACGUAUUACUGCAUUACCACCGGUUGGUGCAACUAUCCGCUGGACCAGCUGGGCUUUUGGAGAUCCAUGGAGAGAUUAAUCGAACAGCUGACUGGGCAGAAACCUCGAUCGGACGACCUGGCAUGGGCAAAGAAAACCGACUGAAGAACAAAUACACAAAGGGUUGAAUGGAGGGAUGGGCAUGCAAAUGAAAAUGUACACAAAUAGGAAUGAAUGGGGAAAACAGACAAAUGCAUAUAAAUGUAACUCCUGUC